UUCCUCGGUGAUUGGAGCCGGUUUGAUAGUGGGAAGUGCCCGUACGCCGGUGUCUCCCUGGUUGCGCAAGACGCCAUUUUGGAGUGACAGUGAAAGAUAACGGAAAGAUCGAGAAGCUGUCUUUCUAAAGCUUCGUCACCAUGGGGAAUGUAUUUGCAAGCUUAUUCAAGGGCCUGUUUGGCAAAAAAGAGAUGAGGAUUCUCAUGGUCGGGCUCGAUGCUGCUGGAAAAACAACCAUCCUAUAUAAACUGAAGCUUGGAGAGAUAGUCACCACCAUUCCCACCAUUGGUUUUAAUGUUGAAACUGUAGAAUACAAGAACAUCAGCUUCACAGUGUGGGAUGUGGGCGGUCAGGACAAAAUCAGGCCGCUGUGGCGCCACUACUUUCAGAACACUCAAGGGCUUAUCUUUGUGGUGGACAGCAACGACAGGGAGAGAGUGAACGAGGCGAGGGAGGAGUUGUCCAGAAUGCUUGCUGAGGAUGAACUCAGAGAUGCUGUGCUGCUCGUUUUUGCAAAUAAACAGGAUCUUCCCAACGCUAUGAACGCUGCAGAGAUCACAGACAAGUUGGGUUUGCACGCCCUCCGCCAGCGCAGCUGGUACAUCCAGGCCACCUGCGCCACCAGCGGGGAUGGCUUGUACGAGGGCCUGGACUGGCUCUCCAACCAGCUGAAGAACCAGAAAUGAUCCAUUCCACCAGUUUUGAUUUUUGUUUGUUGUUUAUUUUUUCUGUUUCAACACAGCGGCAGCACCGGAUCCAGGCCCCUUCGCUCCCAUCUAACCCACCUUUCAGCCCCAGCUCUUUCUUUCAAGAACUUCCUUCAUUCCCUCCCUCCUGCUUUCUCCCCUCGUCAGUGGGGCUCUAGCCUGUGCUGCUUGUGUGUGUGUGUGUGGGCGUGCGUGCGUGCGUGCGCGUGUGUGUGUACCUUGUGUGUUCAGCGAGUGUGUGUGGGUGUGAAGGCGUCUCUGUGUAUGUUGGCUGGGAUUGGGAGUAACCCUGGCGUGCCUUUUACACACCUCCUGUGGAAUCAGCAGUCUGGUUUUCAAGCCCCUUUCUCCAUCCACCAAACUCAGCCUCUGCCCCACUCAGCCUACCCCCACUCUCAGUCUUGCACGGCCCCCUUCUCCCCACCCUUACUCUCCAGAGGAAGCAUGGUUUUCAUACGGCAAAGAAAGAGCAAGGGUGCAAGCUCUCCUCCCCCCUCCCUGUAGUAUAUAUCUAUGUUAACUAGAAAUGUUCACCCAAGGUAGACUGAAUGCUAGAUGUUCAUUUUAACCUCUUUUGAUUUUGAAACCUCAACCCACCAGUAAGAGAUUCAGUAAAUUGCAUCUUAACCUGUAUCAGGUCGAAGCAAAUCAAAAAACAGAAAAAGUAAAAAAAAAAAAAAAAAAAAAAAUGAAUAAACGCCCAUCCUCGAUCAUUCUGGUGUCAAUUGAAAAUCAUGCUGUUUGUUUUAUUAUUAUUAUAUUGGAAUAUAACAGAUUAUUCUUAACAAUGGUUCUCCAAUGAACACUACCUUCCCCCCCCCCACUAAGUGAGACCGUGAAGCACAAGGCAAGCCAACAAUCUUAAAAAUUAAAUCUACUUUAAAAUUAGAAUCUGCGAGUAUAUGCAAUUCUUGUCUUCAGAUAUUUUUGGUAGCUGUCAUUGAAUUCCUCGGAUUGAAUUGAGAUGACCUUGAGUGUAAUGAAUCAUUCUGACAGUGUUCCUACUUAAUGUAGGUCAAUACAAGGUGUUGGGCAUUUCACAAACUUCAGCCGGUUAACUGAGACAGGUGUCCUGAUACAUUCACAAGCUUCACAUGUUAUUCCUUAAAGAGAUGUUACAUGUGUUUUUUUUUUUCUGUAACUAGUUUUAGCAUUUCUAUUUGUACUAUGACUGCUGAACCAAAUGCAUUUGAGCAGUAUGACAAAUCCUGUAUAUGAAAGUAGUGUAUCCUCGAGGGCCUAAACUGCGUAUGAUUUUGACAGAUGAGGUUUUUCUCACCAACGGUUGACAGUUUUACUUUGAAACCUGAAAGCAUCCAGCUGUCUAAUGUUCCUAGUUGGGAUGAAGGAUUGGCACCAAAUAUGAAGGCUCUUUAACUGUGAACGGUCCAGACGUGAAGAAAGGAAACCUAGUUCGAAUGUCUGGGUGUUUACAGGCUACUACUUCUUAUUAUAGCGCUGCAUACUUCAUGACUAAAAGACCAACACAACAAGUACUCUGUCAGUAGCUCGUCAGUGGGCUGGAAGGACUUGGUGGUAGACCUGUUAAGGGGAAUGGGUGUGCAGUUAGCUGGCCGUGAGAUUCAGCAGGCGUCCUCAGUGUUGAACCAUGGGGGUUAAGCUGGCACUUCUGUCAAGAAUGAUUGUAAAUCUGUAAGUUCCCCUGUAAACUGUUUCUGUGGGGAUUUCCUGAACACAUUAAUAAACAUGAUUUGAUCCAACA